AUGACUGCCCCAAGAUUGCCAUUUCUAUGGCCUACGCUAUUCAAGCCCUCGAAGCCCUCGAGGAUACCUGCCCGCGCUCGCGCGCCACUCCAAACGACUCCACGAAGGCGAUGUCUCGCAACAACAGCGCACCACGCGCAGGACGCAAUCCCCCAACGCUACGGAACAGCCUUCGAGCCAUCUCCCCAAGCACGCGAAGAGAACGCCAACAAACAAGCCCUACUAUCAAGCGCAAAACCGCCCGUAAAAGAGGCAGAAGAAGAUGAGGAAGAAGACCACGCACCACCACGCACCCCCACAACCAGUCCCUCCACGCCCUCACCCCCGAGCAUCAUCGACCCAGCGCCGCAAAUCCCCGCCCCCGAACCCCCCAAAACAGGCGACCCCAAACCCCUCGACAGCAUCCUGCACAUGCCCACGCCCACAGACCCCGAGCAGCACAAACCCCCGCACCUCAAAACGCCGCCCUACGUCCACCACUUCGACACCUACGGCCUCGUGCAGCAGCUAACCAAGUCGUCCUUCACGCCCGACCAGAGCGUCACCACGAUGAAAGCUGUGCGCAGCUUGCUGAUCACAAACAUGGAGCUUGCGCGCGAGGGCCUUGUGUCCAAGUCGAACGUCGAAAAUGAGACGUAUUUGUUCCGCGCGGCGUGCAGCGAGCUGAAGACGGAGAUUGGGAACUCGCGCGCGGGUUCGCGUGAGAGGAUGCGCACGGAGCGGGAUGCGUUGAAGCAUGAGGUUGAUAUUGUGGGGCAACGGCUUGGGCAGGUUACGGGGAACUUGAAGGAUGAACUUAAGGGGUUGUUUGAUGAUAGGAAGAUGAUUGUUCGGCAGGAGCAGAGGAGUAUGGAGACGAAGCUGCAGGAACUCAACUACAAGAUCACGGUUGCGCUUAACUCGGAUGCCCGCAGCGAGGUCGAGGGCCUGCGAUGGGUGCUCACCCGGCGCGCGGCGAUUGCGAUAGGAGCUUCUGCCUUCUUCCUGUUCGUCGGGCUGCGAUACUCGAGUUACUUGCAGCAUCAACUCCAAGAAGAGAGGCGGCAGGGGAGAAAGCAGCCUCCACCACCACCUCCUCCCGAUGACCCGCACCCUGCAGCGCCUCCGUCGAACAACACACCGAGCACAGUGGAGUUGGGAGGCGAACUGCUGGCUUCUGAAGGUGUGUCCCUUGGGUAA